UCUUGUAUGUAUCGUACCCUUCUUGUUUAUCAGCCACUUUGGAGACCUCUAAAACUAACUGGUUUUUAUUUUUGCAUGAGCUUUUGUGGAUAUAAACCUACUUCUUCCAAUGCAGUACAGACCGCUGUAGUCUAGGAAGUAGAAUGUACAGUUUAUUGUUACGCAUAAAGAAAUGUGUCCCAAUGCCUACUUGAGAAGGACAUAUCAGUUCUUAUUUUAGGAUGGUUUUUGUUUUCUUCCUUCCUCCCCUGGCUGCUCCAAAGGGAGGAGUCAAAGGGCACACUGGGGGUGACCAGGAGUGUGUGAUACGUGUCUAGCUGCACUGUGCUCCAUGGCUGCCCCACCAGCUAUAAGCCUUUCCUGCUGCCUCCCGUCUCGUAAACAUAACAAGCACACAAUAUUUGGUGAAAGGGACAGCAGCAACCAAUCAGCACAUUGCGAGGCGGGUUGAGUUGCAUGUGCUCUUGUUUGUGUACGUGCAGGAACUCGGCUCCCAGCAGAGAGGGUGGGAUAUUGCAGCCAGAGCACAGCUUCUUUAGUUAGUACUGCCAGUCUUGCAGUAGAUGCACUGGAAAGGAGUAAAGAGCCUGGUCUGAAAGUCUACCAGUUCCACCACCACUUUACUGAAGAAGGAGGGAAAAAAAGAGAGAAUGUUACUGUUUGACUACAAUGCAGAGCCUGCUGGCGUGAGCCGCCUUCUGGAACCAGGCAUGGAAGUGAAUGUUGCUACUGAUGCCUUUGUCCAGACUCCUGCUCAUCUGGCUGCUCAUGGAGGACAGGCUUUCUUUCUUCUUUGGCAAUUGCAGACAGGAGCCAAUUUGAACCAACAGGACUGGCUUGGGGAAGCUCCAAUUCACAAGGCAGCUAAAGUUGGGAGUUUGGAGUGUCUCGCUUUACUUGUUGCCAGUCGUGCCAGCAUUGACUUGCGCAAUAAGAAUGGUCAAACAGCAGAAGAUCUUGCAUGGGAUUUUGGAUUUUUGGAAUGUGCCCAGUUUCUCAUGACAGUAAAAAACAGUCAGAAGUGGGAAAAUGUAACACAGUUUAGACAUGCCCCGCAUGACAAGAAUGAAGAUUUAUUAACAGAUGCUGCAACAAGACAGAAAAGAGCAUGCGAAAAUAAAAGGCCCAUUAACCAGAAGAGAAUGAGAUCAAAUGAUACAAACACGUUGAUGUCAUCUGAAAGCUAAUCACCACAAGAAGAAAUGUGAACAGAGGAAGAUAGGUCUUCAACUCAGCACCAAAUAGUUUGAAUAAUGCCUUCUGGGAAGGAGAUGGGUUGCUUCUUGAAGAAG